GAUAAAGAUUCUCCCAUGAAACAGUUACUGCUCCAGUUCUCUCCUGUGAAGCUAGCCGAGCUUCACAGUGACUUGAAAAUCCAGGAGAAGGAUGAACUGAACUGGAAGAAGUUGAAAGCCGAUGGGCUCGAUGAGGAUGGCGAGAAGGAAGCUAGGCUGCGACGUAACUUCAAUGUAAUCCUCACAAAGUACAGACUUGAUGGAAGGAAGGAUACUGAGUCUGUGGACACUAAUUAUCUGAGAGAGUCGAUGGAUUCCGAGAAUGAUGUGUUCGAUGAUCCAAAAUUGGAGAAAUUGUGGAAUAAGGCAACAACAUCUGGAAAAUUUAGCGAUGAUGAGGUUCGAAAGCUGCGUCGAGAGUUCCAACACCACCAGGAUAAAGUCCAGGAGUACCACAUCCUGAGAGAGACUGUCAGCAGGAAUGAAGACAUUUAUCAGAAUGUGAUCAGCCCUUCGGAAGCCCAUGUGAAAGAAGAUUUGCUCCACUCCAAACAUGCAGAGCUGAAGGAUAAGCACCGUAAUGUUCAAGCAAGUUUUGAGCGUUUGCGCAAACUCAUUCACCAUGGUUAUGAUGAGGACAGUGAUUUUUCUGAGCCAAGAGUGCUUGAACUGUGGGAUAUGGCAAAGCGGUCAAAUUUCACUGAGGAUGAGCUAGAUUCCAUUAAGGAGGAACUGAAGCACUUUGAGACAAAGAUUGAGAAGCACCAGCAUUAUCAAGAACAGUUAGAUUUAUCCCAUCAGAAGCUGAAACAUGUGGAGACAAUUGGGGACAAGGAACACUUAUCCAGGAACAAGGAGAAGUAUGCAAUGCUAACGGAAAAGACAAAGGAACUUGGGUACAAGGUCAAGAAACACAUGCAAGAUCUUCUGGCUAGAUUGUCAAAGGGAGGGCUAAACCACAAUGAACUAUGAUUCCUGUUCUGCCUAAAACCUGGAACUGCUGUAUUUCUAUAGCUGGAAGAUACAAUUAACAGUUGUUUAGACUGGAUAUAAGUCACCAGGUUUUAAUGGAUGCACUCGACCAUAACUUAAUUUCUGUGAUGAUUCGCCUCUUUUGUACAAAUCAUUGGAAACACCAGAAUUGGAGCACAAUCAAAAAGCUUGUUAUAUUCUGUUACUCGUACUGAACUACAUGCUGUUAAUGAAGGUGCUUCUUUACAUAACUGCUUUGAUUUGAAUUGAGUUUAUCAGGUCAUGAUGAAUCAUUUCCGUAAUGAAUGUGUUUUGUAAAUUAAACUCAUAAGUUUCUGUA